GUACCCCGUGCUCAACGAUGUGGCGUAGAUUUCCACUUUACUAACAAAUGGUGGCAUAAUUUGUGCAAGAUGUCAAGUUCUAGUUCGAAAAAGCAGCAACAGGAUUACGUAGUACCAGCCAGCACCACACAGGAGUCCACCCAGCCGUCCCCCUUGGCUUUGCUGGCCGCAACUUGCUCCAAAAUUGGCACCCCGGAGGAGGCAGCAACGGCUGCGCCUACGACGUGUACGGCAGGCUCCACCCCGAUUAAGUUCAUAGGACCAGGAGGGCAAUCCCAACUGAUCCAAGCGGUGCCAGGUGGAGACUUGGGGCAGUUAUUCGCGGCGGCACAAGCAUGCAGCCUAAUGCAGUUUCCUCAGCAAACUGUAGUACAAGGCACGGCAGACGGACUUUUUUCUCUUCAGCAGCAGGGCAUACAGACGAUUGGCACGCCGAUCAAAAUCAACUCGUCGAUGGGUCAGCAGGCAUUGCCGUUCCUACAGCAGACGCCUCAGCUCAUGCAGUCACAGGCCGGCGGCAACGUUGCAUACAACGUGAUGCCGCAGGUGCAACAGGUGACGAUCGACGGGCAGGAGGCGAUCUUCAUUCCAGCGUCGCUCGCCGGCCAGACCGUGCAGCUCCCCGGUAACCAGGGGGCGCUGUGCGCACCACUGCAGCAGGGCGGCACGAUGAUCCGCACGUCGCAGGGGCUGCAAGCGAUCCAGCAGGGGGCAGUGCAGAGCCUGCCGCAGCUCGGCAACCUGACGAUGGGGGCGCUGCCGAAUCUUACAGCAUCGCCGAGCAUCACGAUGCGGCCCGCCAGCAUCGUACAGACUAUCCAGGUGCCCGGCAUGUCGCAGUUUGCCGCGCCGAUGCAGCAGACCGUGUCCGUGCAGAUUCCCGUCUCCGCCGGCAACGGGCAGACGAUGAUGCAGACGAUACAGCUGCCGCUGUCGACGCUGCAGAGCAUGCUGCCGAUGGCGCCACAGUGCAUGACGCAGGUGAUGCCGACGUACACCGUGCCGUCUACUGCUGCGCCCUCUCCCGGCCUCGUGAAGACAGCAUCGCCGACCGUGACCAUGGCAACGUCAGGUGUUGCGCAGACGAAAGUGGCGGCGUCGACGACGGCAGCGGUAGCGUCGGCCACCUCCCAGCAGGUGGCACCACUGCAGUAUUUGUGGCCGCAGAUGCCGGUCGUUGGCAGCCCGCUGUCGGGCAAGGACACGAGCGCGUCGUCGUCGACGGCAACGACAACGACGACGACGGUGUCCAACCAGCAGCAGACGUACACGAUCCCAGCAUCGUUCGCAAACAUCGCACCUGCGCCAACACUUGCUUUCGCUGGGCAGCAGCAGCAGCAGCAGCAGCAGCAGCAGCAGCAGCCACCACCACAGGUCAUACAGAUUCAGAGCCCCGGCAGCGCACAGCCGCAGAUGUUCCCAGCAUCCUUCCUCCAGUCAGGCCUGCUCAACUUUGGCAACAAUGUCCAGGGCAUACGGCCAAACAUCAUACAGGUCCAGAAUCUCCAGCAACUGCAGCAGUUCCAGAAUCUCCAACACGUUCAGGUGAUACAAGGUGGGCAAGGGCAGCAGAUGUUGGCACAGACGAUGGCUACAUCGGCAGGGGCGCCGGCUGCUAUCCAGCUGGGACAGGCAGUUCAGCAGCUCCAGCCGCUACCGAUGGGUGCGGUGACGGACCAGACAGCUGUACAUGGCACGACACAACUCGUGGGUGAGGCUCUCAGAUUCCUGAAUCCGUCGCCCGAACACAGUGAAGAACGUUUCUCACGCCAUGUCGGGAAAAACAAUGCGCACAAACGCAGAUGUACGAACAAGCCACCGUACUCCACUACCAAUGCAGCACCUAAGAACACAUCACGGCUACGGAGCCAGGGUCAGCUGCAAAAGAAACUCCCAUUUCUUCAGCGAUCUCACACCUACGCGGCUUAG